CCUCUCUCUCUCUCUCUCUCUUUCCUUCUCAAAUAUCAAAAUCUCUUGAACAGAUACAGUCUCAGAAACAACAGCAGCAAAAACUAAACCAUUGGCUGUUUAGUUAAAUGCCCGUCCCUCUUUUCAUCAAUAAUAACUCGCUUUUAAAUUUUAAUCCCCCUUUCUUAUUGCGUAUAUAUAUCCGAAAAAUCUCAAACUUCCAGAGCCCAUCAAUUUGCAAUUUCUCCCCUCUGAAAUCUGAAUCCUUUCUUCCUUCUCUUGCGUUCCCAUCAAUAACUACAACGGCAACCGCAACAACGGCAAUAACAAAAGCACUGAGAUGGUACUUGGUUCAAAUUUUGUGAAGAGUUCGACUGGACACGACAGUAAACUUAAUGGAAGGAUUUCAAGAACCGGUAGCUAUGCGUCCAUGACUGAACCCUGCAUCUCCUGCACCACUUUCAAUAUCCUGGCUCCUAUCUACAAAAGACUCGACAAGGAGAAUCAGAGCAGUCGUGAAAGCGAGUACCGGGCAUACUGGCUUAGCAGAAACCAGAGUAUAUUGGAUUGGUUGUUGUACGAGAGAUCUUCCAUUAUCUGUCUUCAGGAGUUCUGGGUUGGAAACGAAGAACUCGUCAAUAUGUAUGAGAAGAGUCUUGGUGAUGCUGGUUAUAUCAAUUUUAAGCUUGCUCGGACAAACAAUCGCGGAGAUGGUCUACUAACUGCUGUACAUAUGGACUACUUUAGGGUUCUAAACUAUCGAGAAUUGCUCUUUAAUGACUUUGGAGAUCGUGUUGCUCAGUUGUUACAUGUUAAAUCUGUUAUUCCCUUUUCACAAAGUUGGAACAGCGAUAUUCAGCAAGAAAUUCUAAUUGUGAAUACCCAUUUGCUAUUUCCUCAUGAUUCUAGCCUGUCUAUUGCACGACUGAAUCAGGUCUACAAAAUUCUGCAAUAUGUGGAAUCAUAUCAGAAAGAAAACAACCUUAUCUCCAUGCCCAUCAUAUUGUGUGGUGACUGGAAUGGAAGCAAGCGAGGGCAUGUCUACAAGUUCCUUAGGUCCCAGGGCUUUGUAUCAUCAUAUGAUACUGCUCAUCAGUAUACAGACAGUGAUGCAGAUGCGCAUAAGUGGGUUAGCCACCGCAAUCAUCGAGGGAACAUCUGUGGUGUAGAUUUUAUAUGGCUUCUUAAUCCUAAUACACAUCGAAAACCAUUAAAGACAAGUUGGAGUGAAGCAGUGCUUGGCAUCAUCAAGUAUCAACUUUGUAAAGCUUCUCUUACAGAGAAUGAUGCAUUUGCCUUUUUAAAGGCUGAUAAUAAGGGUGAUUAUAUUACGUACCCAGGCUUUUAUGACACACUACAACAGCUAGGUUUAACUGGCUAUUCCCAUGGACUGAGUGUGCAAGAAACAAAGGACCUGUGGAUCCAGGCAGAUAUAGAUGGAAAUGGUGUUGUUGAUUAUGAAGAAUUUCAGCAGCGAAUUUGGGAUCCAUGUUGGUCGGAGCAGACACAGGAAAAUCUGUACGAGGCAAGAGAGAAUGUUUUGAAGGGAACAGGAGAGCAAACCUUUGGUUUCAAUGUGAAGAAUGCGGUUCUUUUCCCUCCUGAAGUAGAGAAAGGAAUGUGGCCCGAGAACUACUCCUUGUCGGAUCAUGCACGGCUCACCGUGGUUUUCUCACCAACAAGGAUGCCUUGCUUUCACCCAAUCUGCUAAUUUUCCGCUGGGUGAAUGACGGUGACCCUUCUUUUUUUAUUUCUUCCUUUGUAAAGACGUUAACAAAGAGCAUGAAGGAAAAAAGAAAAAUAUGUAAAGGUUGAGAAAUCUUCUACUUUUGUCUGGUGUUAAGAAGCGAA